CGUAUUUUGAAGGCGCACUCUUUACGAUGGCAACAUGCUCGGUAGAUAUAGCUGAAGUUGAAGAAAUGAAUGACCCAGGAGCCGCUCCUUAUGGCAACUUUAUCAACUAUUACACAUUCAAUCCUCCGGAGAACCGUCUGAGCCUGAUUCCCGCCACGUUACUGCAGGAUUUAGGCCUCAAAGACGGCCCUCAGAACACACUGAUCCUGGACGUGGGCUGUAACUCUGGGGAUCUGAGUGUGGCCUUCUACAAACAUCUGGUGCCUGUGUCUGAAGAAGAGUCAGACAGGAGGAAAGUUAAUCUCCUGGGCUUCGACUUGGAUGAGACUCUCAUCCAGCGGGCUCAGCAGAGCAACCCUCUGCCCAGCAGCAUCUCCUUCAUCCCUCUGGACAUCACUAAAGACGCCGACCAGCUGCAGGAUUACCUCAACCAGCACGGCGGCUCCCACUUCCACCUGUGUCUGUGCCUGGCCGUCACCAUGUGGGUGCACCUGAACCACGGAGACGCCGGCCUGCUGCAGCUACUCUCCCACCUGGCCUCCAUCAGCCAGCACCUCCUGCUGGAGGCUCAGCCCUGGAAGUGCUACCGCUCUGCAGCCCGGAGGCUGAGGAAGCUGGGCCGCUCAGACUUUGACCACUUCAAGAGCCUGAAGAUCCGCGGGGACGUAGCAGAACAGGCCAGGGAGCAUCUGGAGAGACACUGUGGCAUGGAGCUCAUCCAGAGCUUCGGCAGCACCACCUGGGACAGAAAGCUGCUGCUCUUCAAAAGGAGAUGAGACUUUUUUUAUCUGCUGCACAAGGGCUGCAGGUAUAUGAUCAGGAAGACCAAAAACAAACAUUUCAUGGAAUGGGAAGGAUUCAAGUUCAAUUGUUAAUCUGCAAUGAUUAUAAAGGUUUAUUGUUAAAUCACUUUAAGAAAUGCCUAACAAUUUCUGGACGAUUUGACGAUUACCGUUUGUUUGUCCUCAAUGACAGUAAACUGAGUAUUUUUGUUUUCUUGGUUGGGAGAAACAAGCUAAUUGAAAAUGCAACUCUGCUCUGGCAACUGCUGAGUGACAUUCUUCAUAUAUUUGUCGACUGAACUAUAAAAAAAAUGAGGGCUGCAAUCUAUUUACAUUUUUGGUUUAUCUUCAGAUGACUUUCUUUUCAUAUUUGGUCUAUAGAAACAUCAGAAAACUGUAAACAAUGUCUUAACAUUUUUAAAUACCUUGUUUGAUCCGGCCAAAUCCUUAAGAUAUUCAGUUUACAGAAAUAUAUAGAACAGAAAAGCAGCAAAUCCUCAAACUGAAUAAGCUGGGAUAAGAGAAUACAUGGAAUGUAUGGGUACAAAUACAUUUAAUCUUAAACAUUUACAUUUUUUUUAUUUGUAUUAUCAUUCCAACUAUUAUUUCAGAUAGAUAAAGAAAUCUGGGAUAUUUGUGGUUAAAACCUCAAAAUACAUAGAUGUUUUGUGAUUAAUUUAUAAUUAUGUUUUUAUUUCAUCUGCCUCAAUGUUGAUAUGAAUUCAUUUAACUGAAAUAUGUUCCAGAUCAACUUGGUAUACUAUAAUACGUGUGUAGGUAUACAAAUAUAACUUUACACAUUAAAUUAAAAAGCAGCUACAUAUUUCUGGAUCAUCUGACCGAACAGGGUGGUGCACUCAAACACAGAUCGCCCUGCAAUGUUAGAGAAAAAUAGUGUAUCCACCACGUGAUCUGGAUCCGCUCCAAAGCUAAAUGAGGUUUUCCUUGGUUCCUUUCAGUCUCAUGAAAAUCAGGCCAGUAGGUUUUCUGUAAAGCUGCUGAAAAACAAACCAAACUCAAUACAUGAAACUCUGUGGCGCAAGUAAUAAAGCAGGAACUACAAAACAUAAUCAGACAUUCAUUUUCAUCAUUUUAAUUACAGAAUACUAAAAAUAACAUUACAUAAAAUGUCUUUUUAAAAGAAACCAUUGAAUAUUACAAAGGUUGUAAAUUUUGUAAAGUUAGGAUAUAAAAUCUUUGAACAGUGGUGCAUAAUUGAAAAGAAAAAUAAUUUUCAUAAAAUGUAUAUAUUAACUGUUCUACUACAUAAAAAA